UUCCGAGAAAAGAAAAUGUCUGGGCGAGGAAAGGGAGGAAAGGUGGGAAAGGGAGGAGCCAAGAGGCACAGGAAGGUUCUCCGUGACAACAUCCAGGGCAUCACGAAGCCGGCGAUUCGCCGUUUAGCGAGAAGAGGUGGCGUCAAGCGUAUCAGCGGCUUGAUCUACGAGGAGACUCGCGGUGUUCUCAAGAUCUUUCUCGAGAAUGUGAUCCGUGACGCUGUUACUUACACUGAGCACGCUCGUAGGAAGACGGUGACGGCGAUGGAUGUUGUCUACGCGUUGAAGAGGCAGGGACGGACUUUGUAUGGAUUCGGCGGUUGAGGGGAUGAUGAGAUUGUCGUUUGUAAAUCGCGUUUGGUCUUUAGGGUUUGUUUGAUUUCUAUUAAGCUGCUUUUAGGGUUUGGUUUUAGAAUGUUUCACCGGUUUGAAUUUUAAUGAAACGCUUCUUUUUAUCUA